AGACACAAAUGUAGAGUCUUUUUUUUUUCCCCCAUGUGCCCUGAACGCGUCGUGCCUACGGAAGCUUUACGGGCUCAUAUUAGCUGACGGCUUCCAUCGACACCUCCACAUCUUCAACAUGGAGAGAUAACGAAGAGCUCGGCGCCGCUAUUCGAGGCUCAAGAGGGAAGACGGCUGGCCCGGCGUUGACGGCGGACGUCGGCGGCGUUACGACGGCGCUUUGCGGCCACCGCGCGUUUUUUUUUAGUGGCGCCUCGAAGGGAGAAGCAGCUCGUGAUGCUACGUAAGCAGCGCCUCUGUGGCGGGAGCGCGCGCGCGUGAGAGCCAGCCUUUUUUUUUUUGUUUAGUUAAUUUUGUAAUUUUGUAUUUCUGACGUGACGUCACUCCUUUAUCUCUCCCGCCGGAGACGCGCAGAGAGAGAGAGAGAGAGAGAGAGGGAGGGAGGGAGGGAGAGACGGCGUCGGCGGCGGCGGGCGAGUGAACUUUUUGCGGGAGGGGAUGGCAGCUCGAAGCCGGAGAGCUUGGUUUAGCGUCCUCUUGGGUCUGGUGCUCGGCUUCACGCUGGCCUCCAGACUCAUCCUGCCCAAGGCCGGCGAGCUGAAGAAAGCCGGACACAAGCGGAAAGCCAACCCGUCCAACUGUGGCCUCAACACGGCUCUGGGGAAGGAGCGAGGCGGCGUGAUGUGGCCGCAGAAAGAUAGCGGCUCGCCGGCCACGCAGACGCCGGGACCCCGCUCCGACAACUUCCUUUUCGUGGGGGUCAUGACCGCCCAGAAGUACCUGAACAACCGGGCCGUGGCCGCGCACAGGACAUGGGCUCAGGCCAUCCCCGGUCGCGUGGAGUUCUUCUCCAGCGAAGGCUCCGACACUUCCAUCCCCAUCCCCAUCGUGGCCCUGAAGAACGUGGACGACUCGUACCCGCCCCAGAAGAAGUCGUUCAUGAUGUUGAAGUACAUGCACGACCACUACCUGGAAAAGUACGAGUGGUUCAUGCGGGCGGACGACGACGUUUACAUCAAGAGCGACAAGCUGGAGAAUUUCCUGCGAAGCCUCAACAGCAGCGAGGCUCUGUUCCUGGGACAGACGGGGAUGGGGGCCCGCGACGAGUUGGGCAAACUGGCCCUGGAGCCCGGAGAGAACUUCUGCAUGGGGGGCCCGGGGGUCAUCAUGAGCCGGGAGGUCCUGAGGAGGAUGGUACCUCACAUCCGACAGUGUCUGCAGGAGAUGUACACCACCCACGAGGACGUGGAGGUGGGGCGCUGCGUGAGGAGGUUUGCGGGGGUCCAGUGCGUCUGGUCCUACGAGAUGCAGCAGCUGUUCUACGAGAACUACGAGCCCAACAAGAAGGGCUACAUCCGAGACCUCCACAACAGCAAGAUCCACCGGGCCAUCACGCUGCACCCCAACAAGAACCCGCCCUACCAGUACCGCCUGCACAGCUACAUGCUCAGCCGCAAGAUCGCCAACCUGCGGCACAAAACCAUCCGGCUCCACCGCGAGAUCGUCCAGAUGAGUCGCUACGGCGCGGCCGAGCCGAGCCGGGAGGACCUCCAGCUGGGGAUGCCGCCCUCCUUCAUGCGCUUCCACCCGCAGCAGAGAGACGACGUCCUGGAGUGGGAGUUCCUGACCGGGAGGCACCUGUUCUCCGCCUUCGACGGACAGCCGCCCCGCCGCGGGAUGGACACGUCCCAGCGCCAAGCCCUGGACGACAUCAUCAUGCAGGUGAUGGAGAUGAUCAACGCCAACGCCAAGACGCGGGGGCGCGUCAUCGACUUCAAGGAAAUCCAGUACGGCUACCGGCGGGUGAACCCGCUGUACGGCGCCGAGUACGUCCUGGACCUGCUGCUCCUCUACAAGAAGCACAAAGGAAAGACCAUGACGGUGCCCGUGCGCAGACACGCCUACCUCCAGCAGACCUUCAGCCAAAUCCAGUUCCGGGAGGAGGACCAGAUGGACGCCCAGACGCUGGCGGCGCACAUCAACCAGGAGUCGGACUCCCUGUCCUUCCUGUCCAACUCCUUGAAGAUGCUGGUCCCCUUCAAGCUGUCCACGUCCGGCCAUGAGCAGAAGGAAGUGGUGGACAAGAAGGUCAACAUCCUGGUGCCUCUGUCGGGACGCUACGACAUCUUCGCCCGCUUCAUGGCCAACUUUGAGCGCUUCUGUCUGAUUCCCAAGCAGAACGUCAAGCUGCUGGUGCUGCUCUUCAGCACCGACAACGACACGGAGCGCGUCAAGCAGGUGGAGCUGAUGCGGGAGUACCACGUCAAGUACCCCCGCGCCGACAUGGAGAUCAAGCCCGUGGCCGGGGCCUUCUCCCGGGCGCUGGCUCUGGAGGUGGGCUCGUCGCUCUUCACCAACCAGUCGCUGCUCUUCUACUGCGACGUGGACCUGCUCUUCACCGCCGACUUCCUCAAGCGCUGCCGGGCCAACGCGGCCCUGGGCCAGAGCGUCUACUUCCCCGUCAUCUUCAGCCAGUACGACCCCAAGGUGGUCUACGCCGGGAAGGUGCCCGGCAACAACCACUACGUCUUCACCUCCAAGACGGGCCUGUGGAGGAUCUUCGGCUACGGCAUCGUCUGCGUCCACAAGGGGGACCUGGUCCGGGCGGGGGGCUUUGACACCACCAUCCAGGGCUGGGGGAUGGAGGACGUGGACCUCUUUAACAAGUUUGUGCAGUCGGGCGUGUCGUUGUUCCGCAGCACGGACACGGGCAUCGUGCACGUGCACCACGCCGUCGCCUGCGACCCCAACCUGGAGGCCAAGCAGUACAAGAUGUGUCUGGGGUCCAAGGCGUCCUCGCACGGGUCCACGCAGCAGCUGGCCCAGCUCUGGCUGGACAAGAACGACCACGCCCAGCGCAGGCUGGCCGCCAACAACGGCUCGCUUAGGACAGCCUGAGGGGGGACGUGCUGCUGGCCACGCCCACAAAUAAUUUAUUUUCCACGCAGAAACCCCUUUUUACUUUUUACACUUUGACAGCAGGAGGCGGGGCCAGCCCCAGGAGGCGGGGCCAUCGGACACUUUGUGAAUGUUUACAUUUCCUCACACACAGAGAUUGUUUUUUUCGUGUGAACAACUGCUGGAUUUGACGUCUAAUUUAUUCCUUUUUGUUCAAUGCAAAGAUUGUAACUUCCUGUCACCAAAGACUCAAUUCUGUGCGUGCGUGCGUGUGUGUGUGUGUGUGUGUGUGUGUGUGUGUGUGUGUGUGAGAUUGAGUGAACAGUAAAGAAUGUUCCAUAGCAUUUGGUUUAAAAGCCAGGGGGCGUGGCUUCACGUGAAGCCAGCGUCUUACCUGGCAGGUACUGAUAUUCCCGGCUGGUCCAGUCUUCCAAAACAGGAACUUUUGUGACAACAAGAAGACGGACUGAGGUUGUCGUUAGUUUUUUUAAAUCUUUCUUUUUUCUUUUUUUUUUUUUAUUAUUAUUAUUAUUGUUUUUAAUUUGUCUUUCAACUUUCGAGUGGGAAAGUUUUUCUAUUUAAAGAAUAAAAUGGUGGGGAAGUUUUCCUAAAAUUGUUUUCCCUUUUUUUUUUUUUAAACCAAGAUUCAGGAAUAUGUCACAAGGUCCAAGUUACCAUGGUUACUAAGACCCCUUUACUCGAGUCGCCCCCUGCUGUUUGUGUUCGGUAAUGUUGCACCACAGACAACAUUACAUUAAAGGCCUACUAAAACCCACUACUACCAACCACGCAGUCUGAUAGUUUAUACAUCAAUGAUGAAAUAUUAACAUUGCAACACAUGCCAAUACGGCCUUUUUAGUUUACUAAAUUACAAUUUUAAAUUUCCCGGAAGUUUCGUCUUGAAAACGUCGUGUAAUGAUGACGUGUACGCAGGACGUCACGGGUUUUAAGGAAAUAUGAGCGCUGCGCACACACACAGCUAAAAGUCAUCUGCUUUAACGGCAUAAUUACACAGUAUUUUGGACAUCUGUGUUGCUGAAUCUUUUGCAAUUUGUUUAUUUAAUAUUGGAGAAGUCACAGUAGAAAGAUGGAGUUGGGAAGCUUUAGCCUUUAGCCACACAAACACAUGGUGAUUCCUUGUUUAAAAUUCCUGGAGGUGAAACUUUCCUAUGGAUCAGAGCGCGGUCAAGCCAACAUGUAUCCAGACCAAAUGUCAACCAGCAGGUUUCGGUGAGAAAAUUGUGGUUAAAAAGUCCGUUCUUACCGGAGAAAAGCUGAGCUUGUGCCGUCCAUAAAGCUGCCGUUGAAUCCCCUGAGACACUGCACGUCAACACACCCUUCCGACUAUCAGGUACUAUUUAACUCACUAAAACACUAGCAACACAAUAGAAAUAAAAGGGAUUUCCCUGAAUUAUCCUAGUAAAUGUCUCUAAAAACAUGGGAAUCUGUCCCAAUGCGAUCGCAUUUUUUUUUAACAUGUUUUUUUUUAUCUACUCCGUCGCUAUCAAUAUCCCCAAACACGAAUCUUUCAUCCUCGCUCAAAUUAAUGGGGAAAUUGUCGUUUUCUCGGUCCGAAUAGCACUUUUUGUUGGAGGCUCCCAUUAAAAAUAAUGUGAAUAUGUGAGGAGCUAUCACACGGGUGACGUCAUCGUCUGUGACUUCCGGUAGAGGCAGGGCUUUUCUCUUAGAACCGAAAGUUGCGAACUUUAUCGUGGAUGUUCUCUACUAAAUCCUUUCAGCAAAAAUAUGGCAAUAUCGCGAAAUUAUCAAGUAUGACACAUAGAAUGGACCUGCUAUCCCCGUUUAAAUAAGAAAAUCUCAUUUCAGUAGGCCUUUAAGUCAGGGGUCGGCAACCUAAAAUGUUGAAAGAGCCACAUUGGACCAAAAAUAAAAAAUAAAACAAAUAUGUCUGGAGCCGCAAAAAAAUAAAAGCCAUAUUACAUACAGAUAGUGUGUCAUGAGAUAUAAAUUUAAUUAAGAGGACUUAAAGGAAACCAAAUGAGAUGAAAUAUAGCUACAAAUGAGGCAUAAUGAUGCAAUAUGUACAUAUCGCUACCCUAAAUAGCAUGUUGGCAUCGAUUAGCUUGCAGUCAUGCAGGUUUUUUUUUUUGAUUGAUUGAUACUUUUAUUAGUAGAUUGCACAGUUUACUACAUAUUCUGUACAAUUGACCACUAAAGUGUAACACCCGAAUAAGUUUUCAACUUGUUAAUCAGUUCAUGGUAACCAAAGACCAAAUAUGUCUGAUUAACACUCCACACAAGUCAAUAACGUCAACAAAACUCACCUUUUUGGAUUCAUACACAACGUUAAGUUUGGUGGACAAAAUGAGACGGAAAAAGAAGUGAAAUAAAACACGUCUUAGAACAUGGGUGUCAAACUCUGGCCCGCCGUGUAAUUUUAUUUGGCCCUUGAGGUAAUAUCAAAUUAAGAUUAGAGCUGGCCCGUCGGUAUUAUACAGGGGCAAUGCCUCUGUAACACUGCAUUCACCGCUGAUACUCGCUGAUACAACCCUCACGGUUUUCCCGGGAGACUCCCAAAGUUCAGUGCCCCUCCCGAAAAUCUCCCGGGGCAACCAUUCUUCCGAAUUUCUCCCGAUUACCACCCGGACAACAACAUCGGGGGCGCGCCUUGAAGGCACUGCCUUUAGCGUCCUCUACAGCCUGUCGUCACCUCCGCUUUUCCACCAUACAAACAACGUGCCGGUCCAGUCACAUAAUAUACGCUGCUUUAACACACACAAGUGAAUGCAAUGCAUACUUGAUCAACAACCAUAAGGGUCACACUGAGGGUGGCCGUAUAAAUAAAUGAUAAAUGUGUUGUACUUGUAUAGCGCUUUUCUACCUUCAAGGUACUCAAAGCGCUUUGACACUACUUCCACAUUUACCCAUUCACACACUGAUGGAGGGAGCUGCCAUGCAAGGCGCCAACCAGCCCCCAUCAGGAGCAAGGGUGAAGUGUCUUGCUCAGGACACAACGGACGUGACGAGGUUGGUACUAGGUGGGAAUUGAACCAGGGACGCUCGGGUUGCGCACAGCCGCUCUCCCCACUGCGCCACGCCGUCCCUAUAAACAACUUUAACACUUUUACAAAUAUACGCCAGACUGUGAAGCCACACCAAACAAGAAUGACAAACACAUUUCGGGAGAACAUCCACACCGUAGCACAACGUAAACUCAACAGGAGAAAUACCCAGACCCCCUUGCAGCACUAACUCUUCCGGGACGCUACAAUAUACCACCAAACCCCGCUCCCCCAAUUUUUAUUUACAUUUUAUUUCAUGUGCCAUUUAUAUUUUUUACUCAUUAUUGUAAAUUGAAACUCGAUUUUGUAUGUGACUAUAAAGUUAUACAAGCCUUGCUUGUUUAACAUUCAAUCCAAAACUUGUUGGGUCCCUAUUAAAAGGUUAAUUUUUUCAA